GCAGCCGUGAGUCGGGGGUGAGCGCUGGAAGCGCGCAAAGGCAAAGCGAGUGACGGACGACGCUUGAAGUUUUAGCGAGACCAUUCGGGCGCACUUAAAGUUUUUUCUUCUUCUUCCUCCUCACCUCCUCCUACCCCCCUCGAGGAAAAUGACUACGUAGAACGGGUUAAAGUUUAAACUGUUAAACCGAAGAGCCCGUGACUGGAAGAAACUAAGGGUGAAAAACACGGAUGUUGUUGUGUGAGGUCAGGAAGUAGUCCAAGAUGGCCACUGCUUCUUAUGAUCAGCUUCUAAAACAAGUGGAGGCACUGAAGAUGGAGAACUCCAAUUUACGUCAGGAAUUAGAAGACAACUCUAAUCACUUGACUAAACUUGAGACAGAAGCUUUGAAUAUGAAGGAAGUGUUAAAGCAACUGCAAGGCAGCAUUGAAGAGGAGUCUUUGGGAACUUCUGGACCGCAGAUUGAUCUCUUGGAGCGUCUGAAAGAGAUGAACCUGGAUGGCAGCAGCUUCUCCAGCGUGAAGUUGAGGCCCAAGGCAUCCCUGCGCUCGUAUGGCAGCCGUGAGGGCUCUGUGUCCAGCCGCUCUGGUGACAGUAGCCCCGUUGCCUCAGGCUCUAUCCCCAGGAGAGGGGCUGUAAAGGCAGCCAAUGGAAGCACUGCCUACUUGGACGAACUAGAGAAGGAGAGGUCUUUGUUGAUGGCGGAGCUUGAGAAAGAAGAGAAGGAGAAGGACUGGUACUAUACACAGCUUCAGAACCUCACUAAGCGCAUAGACAGCCUUCCCCUGACAGAGAAUUUCUCUUUGCAGACAGACAUGUCACGACGGCAGCUGGAAUAUGAGGCACGACAGAUUAGGGCUGCCAUGGAGAACCAGCUAGGCUCCUGCCAGGACAUGGAGAGGAGGGCACAGGCAAGACUGGCCCGUAUUCAGCAGAUAGAGAAAGAAAUGCUUCGGAUCCGCCAGUCUGAGUCAGUCGAGCUGGAUAAGGCAAUGCAGAGCAAGCGUGAGCCAGCCUCUCGUGAUUGUGAAAGACAGAGCGAGGGAGGACAGCCUUCCAGUGACCCUGGCACAACAGCUCAAGCGUAUGGUCAGGCCUCAGGUGUCCGAAUGGACCAUGAAACAACCAGUGACACAAGCUUCAGUGGGAGUUACUCUGUCCCACGCAGACUAACAAGCCACCUGGGCACAAAGGUAGAGAUGGUGUAUUCUCUGUUGUCUAUGUUGGGCACCCAUGACAAGGAUGACAUGUCCCGUACCCUGCUGGCCAUGUCCAGCUCCCAGGACAGCUGUAUUGCCAUGCGCCAGUCAGGUUGCCUGCCAUUGCUCAUCCAGCUGCUCCAUGGCAAUGACAAGGACUCGGUGUUGCUGGGUAAUUCACGUGGUAGUAAAGAGGCGCGUGCCCGGGCCAGUGCCGCCCUGCACAACAUCAUUCAUUCACAGCCUGACGACAAGCGUGGCCGCCGAGAGAUUCGUGUGCUGCACCUGCUAGAGCAGAUUCGGGCCUACUGCGAGACCUGCUGGACAUGGCAAGAGGCCCAUGCUCAAGGAGUGGACCAGGAGAAAAAUCCUAUGCCCUCUCCUGUAGAACACCAGAUCUGUCCUGCAGUGUGUGUGCUCAUGAAGUUGUCCUUUGACGAGGAACACAGGCAUGCUAUGAAUCAACUGGGUGGAUUGUCAGCCAUUGGAGAACUGCUUCAGGUGGACUGCGAAAUAUACGGCAUCUCCAGCGAUCACUACAGUGUGACACUCAGACGGUAUGCUGGCAUGGCUCUAACAAACCUGACCUUCGGCGAUGUGGCCAACAAGGCAACGUUGUGUUCCAUGAAGGGCUGCAUGAGAGCAAUGGUGGCACAGCUCAAGUCAGAGAGCGAGGAUCUACAACAGGUUGUAGCCAGCGUUUUGAGGAACUUGUCUUGGCGUGCUGAUGUGAACAGUAAACAAACUCUCCGGGAAGUGGGUAGUGUCAAAGCCCUCAUGGAGUGUGCCCUUGUUGUGAAAAAGGAAUCAACUUUGAAGAGUGUCCUGAGCGCCCUAUGGAACCUGUCAGCCCACUGCACUGAGAAUAAAGCUGAAAUAUGUGAUGUAGACAGGGCUUUGGCCUUCUUAGUUGGCACACUAACCUAUCGAAGCCAGACAAACACUUUGGCAAUUAUUGAAAGUGGAGGGGGAAUCUUGCGAAACAUUUCCAGUCUAAUAGCUACAAAUGAAGACCACAGGCAAAUACUGAGGGAAAAUAAUUGUCUGCAGACGCUUCUACAACAUCUUAAGUCCCAUAGCUUGACUAUAGUAAGCAAUGCAUGUGGAACUCUUUGGAACCUUUCAGCGCGAAAUGCAAAAGACCAGGAGGCCUUGUGGGACAUGGGGGCUGUGAGCAUGUUAAAAAACCUAAUCCAUUCCAAGCACAAAAUGAUUGCCAUGGGCAGCGCUGCAGCUUUAAGAAACCUGAUGGCCAACAGACCUGCCAGAUAUAAAGAUGCCAAUAUCAUGUCCCCAGGAUCCAGCUUGCCAUCUCUGCAUGUCAGAAAACAGAAAGCUUUAAUUGAGGAACUGGAUGCACAGCAGCUUUCUGAGACAUUUGACAAUAUUGACAAUUUGAGCCCAAAAGCUUUGCACCGUAGAAAACCCAGAUGUCACAACAGUGAUGGUGUUUGUCGGCCUGAAGGCUUCAGCCCAAGCAAUGUGAUUGCCAUCUCUCCUUUCAUGAACACAUCGGCCUUGGCUGGGUCAGUGUCCAGAGAUGGCAGAGGAAGUUCAGAAAGCUCAAAAGUAGAGCGGGAUCGUAGUCUUGACAGGGAGAGACGUGCAGGUGGACCUGAUACCUUCCAUCAUCUGGAUAAGGCUUCCCAGCGUUUGCAGAUGUCUUUGACUGCUGCACAGAUUGCCAAGGUCAUGGAAGAAGUCCAUAGCAUUCAAAAAGGCCAGGAUGCAAGAAUUGUAGCAAAUACACCAGACACACAUCUGUCCACUGCUCAGGCCCAUUCUAAUGCAUAUAAUUUUAACAAAACAGAGCUUUACAGCAGAACUACUGCAACAGCGAAAGUUGAGUACAGAGCCUCCAGUGACAGUCUGCAUAGUGUUGGCAGCAGUGAUGGUUAUGGAAAAAGGGGUCAGAUGAAGCCAUCAGUUGACUCUUACUCAGAAGAAGAAGGCAAGUGUUGUGUUUAUAGGAAGUACCCUGCUGAUCUUGCUCACAAGAUACACAGUGCCAAUCAUAUGGAUGAUAAUGAUGGAGAUCUGGACACACCAAUAAAUUACAGCUUGAAGUACUCGGAUGAACAGUUGAAUUCUGGCCGGCAAAGUCCCAGUCAGAAUGAAAAGUGGACAAGACCCAGACAUCUUGAUGGUGAUACAAAGAGACUUGAUCAGCAGUCCCAAAACCCAGGUUAUCUUUCAUAUACGGAAAGUAAAAGUGAUGAGGACAAACGCAUCAAAUAUUCCCCAAGAUUUAUACAGUCAGAAUGUGCUGGUUUUAGAUCAAAAAGCUCCACUAGUUCAGAACCAAGUCAAGGCAGUUCCAGUCAAGGAAUAAACAGAAAAAUCAAUCAGACCAUGUGUGCUGUUGACGAUUAUGAAGACGACAAACCAACCAAUUAUAGUGAGCGAUAUUCUGAAGAAGAACAACCUGAUGAAGAUCAGCCAAUGAAUUACAGUAUAAAAUACAGUGAGGAGCACCACCACAUGGAGCAACCUAUUGAUUACAGCUUAAAAUACUCUGAUGCUCCUUCCUCCCAAAAGGUCAUGUUUAGUCAUUCAAAGUCACCUUCUCUCCAGAGCUCUUCAAAAGACCAUAUGAACUUGGGUAGUAACACAUCCUCUUUAACGUCAUUAAAGAAUUCUUGUCGACAAAAGCAGUUGCACUCAUCAGUUCAGUCCCAGUCUGGAUCAAAUCGGGUUAAUCAGAAGACCUCUACGAGUAAAGUGUCUCCUAUCAACCAAGAAACAUUGCAAACCUACUGUGUUGAAGACACACCAAUUUGCUUUUCCCGUGGCAGUUCUUUGUCAUCAUUGUCAUCUGCUGAAGAUGAAAUGGAUGAGCCUGAGUCAUCUUCCAAUGUAGCAAGCUGUUAUUCUACUUUGCCUAUCACUGAAAAGAAGACAAGUGGUAUUUUGGUUGCAGAUCCACCCACUUCCACAAGCCAGUCCAGUUCACCGUAUAUUCGAGUGAAACCUCGAAGAAACCAAGGGUCUAAUCUGGCUGCAUCAGAUGGUUCAAGACAUAAGCCUAGUGAAAUUUCCUCUGGAGCAAAGUCUCCAUCCAAAAGUGGUGCUCAAACUCCUAAAAGCCCUCCAGAACAUUACGUGCAAGAAACUCCACUUAUGUUUAGCAGAUGCACCUCUGUUAGCUCACUUGAAAGUUUUGAGAGCCACUCCAUUGCAAGUUCUGUGCAGAGCGAACCAUGCAGUGGCAUGGUCAGUGGAAUCAUUAGUCCCAGUGAUCUACCGGACAGUCCAGGACAAACGAUGCCACCCAGCCGCAGCAAAACUCCCCCUCCCCAGAUUCCUCCCCAAACAAAACCUAGGGUGAAAGUGACUCACCGCCCUGAGAAGAAGGAUUCAGGCCCACGGCAUGCAACUGUGAAUGCAGGGAUCCAAAAAGUCCAAGAACUUCCCAACAAUGAUGUAAUGUUGCAUUUUGCAACAGAAAGCACUCCUGAUGGGUUUUCAUGUGCUUCAAGUUUAAGUGCAUUGAGUCUUGAUGAACCAUUCAUUCAGAAAGAUGCUGAACUUAGGCUUAUGCCUCCAGUUCAUGAAGAUGAUGAUGGAGGGAAUGACAUUCAGCUAGAUGGUGACACUACAGAUACAAGUAACCAUGAUAAACCUAGUGUAUAUACUGAACCAGAAAAAAACAUACUGGUUAAUUCUGAUGAUGAUGAUAGUGAGAUAUUAGAAGCAUGCAUAUAUUCAGCCAUGCCAACAAAGUCUUCAAGAAAACCCAAAAAACCAUCACCUUCAAUUACUUCAAGAAUUCCUCAACCCGUAACAUGUAAACCUAGUCAGCUUCCUGUGUAUAAACCACGUUCUUCACAAAAUAGAGUGCAGCAAAAGCAGACUGGCUUUAGUCAUGUGGAAGACAUACCAAAAGUAUUUUGUGUUGAGGGAACACCAAUAAAUUUUUCCACUGCAACAUCUCUGAGUGAUUUGACAAUUGAAUCACCCCCAAAUGAGCUUUCAAAUACUGAGACCUCCGUGCUUGGUGCAGAGCUCUUUUCCAUUCAAACAAAUUCAGUUUCCAAAGUGAGAAGUACAGAAGGUAAGGAUGCAAGCCAAAGUCUCACAACUCAUAAAUCUGCUUUGGAUGACAAAAAUGAAGACGGGGAUGAUAUUCUUGCUGAGUGUAUCAGUUCUGCAAUGCCGAAAGGUAAGAGCCACAGGCCUCUUAAAGUUAGAAAAAUUAUUGAUCGAGUGCAGCACCCAUCUACCUCUUCUGGGAAUCAAAUUAAACAGGAAUUGGAAAGGAAGCCCACUUCCCCCGUAAAACCUAUGCCACAAACUCGUGAAUGUACAGAGGGGGCCAAAGGUCAAAGCCCUUCAAAUAGUUUUCCACUUGACACACCAUACUCUGAAAAAAAUAAGUGUCCUAAAAAACCAGAUGUAAAAAUGGCUUCCAGAGAAAUUCACAAUAAACCUUCAGGCGGCAAUGGAAAAGCGCAUCCAAGUUUUGCUUUUGAUUCUCCUCAUCAUUAUACUCCCAUAGAGGGCACUCCUUACUGCUUCUCACGUAAUGAUUCAUUAAGUUCUUUAGAUUUUGAAGAUGAUGAUCUUGAUUUAUCAAAAGAAAAAGCUGAACUCAGAAAAGGGAGAGAAAGUAUGAAAUCAAAAAAUGUCACUGAGCGUUCCUCCAGUUAUCCAGCUUCCAACAGGUUGCAGAUGUACCAGAAGACCUCUUCAAAAGCUCCACUUAAGCCAACUUCUUACCUAGAGGCACCGAAAGAUAGUACUUGCACAGUACCAGAUGAGAAGCAGAAAUUCGCCAUUGAAGACACACCAGUCUGCUUCUCUCGAAACUCCUCUCUUAGUUCACUGAGUGACAUUGACCAGGAAAACAACAACAAACCCACAAAUCUGAAAGAAAGUCAAGGGGUGGUAACCAGGCCACCUGCAUCUGGUUAUGCCCCAAAGGCAUUUCACGUUGAAGAUACUCCUGUAUGUUUCUCAAGAAACAGUUCACUCAGUUCUCUUAGCAUUGAUUCAGAAGAUGACCUUCUGCAGGAAUGUAUAAGUUCUGCCAUGCCAAAAAAGAAAAGGUUACAUAGAAAAGAGGGAGAGGAUCGUGAGACAAGUAAAGAUAAAGGUAUGACUGGGAUGUUAUUAGAUGACACAGAUUUACCAUUGGAUCUUGCAGACAUAGACAGUCCUAUUUCAGAACAAGCUCUUUCACCAGAUUCCGAUUCAUUUGAUUGGAAGGCCAUUCAAGAAGGCGCUAAUUCUGUAGUGAGCAGCUUGAAUCAGGUGGCUGCCUGCCUCUCAAGACAAGGCUCAUCUGACACAGAUUCAGUUCUUUCUCUCAAGUCUGGUAUCUCUGUUGUGUCUCCCUUUCAUUUAACACCAGAUCAAGAAGAGAAGCCACUUGCAUCUAACAAGGGCCCAAGAAUAUUAAAAUCUGGUGAAAGCAGUACUUCAGAAGCUAGAAAAAGGGAGGAGGAACAAGCCAAAAGCAUUAAAGGAGGUAAAAAAGUAUACAAAAGCCUAAUAACUGGAAAACCUCGUACAAGUAUUGAUAGUGUAUCUUCUCAACAAAGACAAGUGUCAGUCCCUGUAGUCCCACGUGGCAGAACAACUAUUCAUAACCCUGGUGUAAGAAACAAGUCUCCAAGUAUGAGUCCAGUUCCUCAAAAGAUGACUCCCAAAGGUACUGCAACAUCAUUCACACAAGGACAGAACAGCAGUAAGCCACCACAAAGUACCAAAGAACCACUGAAGCCAGACCCUGUUCAGUCAAUUGGUCAACAAAUCUCACAAGCAGGAUCAAGCAAAGCUUCAUCUCGAUCAAGCUCAAGGGACUCUACACCAUCUAGACCAGCUCAGCAACCUUUACAAUCUGGCAAACCUGUGAAAUCAUGUAGCCGCCCUUCCCUUUCACCUGGAAGAAAGAACACUAAGUUAUCUCAAAUACCCCGGGCAGUGUCUCCAAACACAGCUCCAUCAAAAUCUCCUGGAUCCAAUAGAAUUUUAUAUACUUCCCCUGGCAAACAAUUGAAUCAAACAACUUCAGCAAAGCCAAGUGGCUUACCAAGAAGUACCAGUGGGAUUCCAAAGAGUGAAUCUGCUUCAAAAGGUCUAAACCAGCCUGAAGCUGUAGAAAAGUCAAAAAAGUCUGAAUUAUUAAGGAUGUCUUCUACAAAGUCCAGUGGUAGUGAAUCUGAUAGAUCAGAGAAACCAGGCCUUGUUCGCCAGUCAACCUUCAUAAAAGAAGCUCCAAGUCCAACUCUUAAGAGAAAACUUGAAGAGUCUGCAUCUUUGGAAUCUUUGUCAUCUUCUUCAAGGCCAGUUUCCCCAACUAGAUCUCAGUCUUACAGUGUUUCAAGUCCAUCUUUGCAGGAUGUGUCUCCAUCUUCACCUCCUGUAGUAAACUGCUGGAGAAAAGCACCACAGAGUCAGAACCCCUCAAAAAACGCAGAUGCAAAGCCUUCUAAGCACGAGAGUUCCCGUUCCCAAUCUGAAAGUCCCUCCAGACUUCCAAUGAACAGGUCAGGAACAUGGAAACGUGAAACUGGUAAACAUUCUACCUCACUCCCCAGAGUGAACACUUGGAAGAGAACAGGAAGCUCUUCUUCUAUCCUCUCAGCCUCAUCUGAGUCAAGUGAAAAGGCAAAGAGUGAAGAUGAACGACUGAUCUUAAGUCCGGUACAAAUCAGCAAACCAGAUAAAGGUGGCCAGCCCUCUCUGAAAGGGACAUGGAGGAAAAUGAGAGAGAAGAAAACUUCUGAUUCCACUAAUAGUAAAUCCCAUGGCCUGUCAGAUAAUGACUCACCAUCUACUCCUCAGAUGGCUCCACCCGUCUACAAGACUGAAGAUGUGUGGGUGAGAAUUGAAGAUUGUCCAAUUAACAACCCAAGGUCUGGAAAAUCUUCAGUAAGCACCCCUCAAUUAAUAACUGACAGAGUAACUGACAAGACUACUGCAGCUAAUGCAGACCCAAGUGAAAUGCGGUCAGAGCAUUCUGCAGUGCUAGAAACCUCUUGUAAUUUAAAUUUGCUUGCAAGAGCAAAUGGUGAAAAGAAAGUAGGAAAUCAAGAGGUUAAGUCUUUGGGUCACCCAUGUGCUGUAACAGAGACUCGUGAAAUCUCAGCUGUUGAUCGGACUCCUUUUGGUUCCUCAAGCUCCAGUAAGCAAGGUUCCCCUAGUGGUGCUGUGUCAGCAAGAGUGACCCCUUUCAACUAUAAGCCAACCCCCAGAAAAUGUGGUGCAGAUGGCCUGGCUGCUCGACCAUCUCAAAUUCCAACCCCAGUGUCAAGUAAUGCAAAGAAAAGUGGUUCCAAAGAAGACAUUGUGGAGCCCAGUAGUAAUGAAAAUCCCAAGCAAAUUUCUGGAUCAUACCUUGUAACCUCUGUUUAAAACACAGCAAAGUUAGGCUCUGGACACUAUUAUUUACAGUCUUACUGCUUUGCUGACCCUUAAGCAAAGAAAACCAUGCAAUUAUUUUUUAAAAAGGUUACACAUUUAAUUAUGGCACAGCAUUUUUGCUGGUAGAAAUAUAACUGGUGCACUUUGUUGUCAGAAGUAAAGUUGUUUUUGCCUGGUAUUGUAACCAUAUUUGUACUGUACAGAUUUUUUAAAAAUGUAUUUAAUUGAAAAUCCCUGUUAUUAUCAUGUGUCUUGCUUGGCUUAAACUUAAAUUUAUGAUUCAGUCAUUUCAGUGGUCUCCUUAAGAUGUACCAUUUUAGGAAUGUAUUGAUUUUUUUUUUGUUGCCCCCCCCAAUACAUUUACAUAGCAGAACAUGAUUUUUCUGCAGUACAUUUUAACCUUCCCAUUCACCUCUUGCAUGAGCUAAUCUGAUGGUUUGUUUACUGAAGUAAUGUGGGUCAUAUGAUGUGUAUUGGUAGGUAUAGUGUUAAAACACUUUGUCUGAUCUGAAAUUAAAUUACCUGUAACCUUGAAAAUCCUUGGCAGAGAUUUUAAACCCUGGAAUUAGAAUUCAGCAGAGGUAGAUUGUUUUAUUGUUAGCUAAUUUAUUUUUGGAUGAGGAGGUUGUUCCUUUAAUGGAUCAUUUUAUGUCUCACUAGAACUGAAUGAACACUACAGAAGUAUUUCUUACUGUCCCCAUGUUCCCAUCCCAGUCUCCACAGUCAUUGUUAGAGCAUGUUAUCUGCGCAAAUAGACUGUUUUCUUCUGCCAUAUAUUACACAAAUGUGAAUUACUGAACCGUAUCUUCAUGCAAUAAAGUAACAAAGGUUGAUUAUUUAAGAAAAUUGCUGUCGCAAACUGCAAAUUGUAAAGCAGCAUAAUAAACACUGU